AGAUAUUUUCAACAGAAGACAAUGGGUGGUUGCUAUAGUUCGGAUCUGAACAAACCGCCAGAUGUCGGUGAACCUGCCAAGCGAGCUAAACAAUCGAAUAUAGUUGUUCUUACUGAGCUGUCUGAUUUAGAAGAUGACGAUGCCGUACUUAAAGAGCCCACCAAAUUUACUUACAGAGGUCGGGGUUCCAACAGCGUGGGGAUCAUGCAGCCUUUGCAAAAGGAACGUGUGGAAAAAGAGCUUAAAGAGAUACAAAAAGAAUCAAACAAAGAAGUACGAAGGAAACAGGAGCUACAACUUCAAUUUUUGACUGAAACGGAACAAAAAAGUCAAGAAGUAUUACAAAAAGAAAAGGAGAGACGGCGAGAGAUUUUCAAAGUAGAUGACAACAUCAAAGGUUUGGCAACGGUUGAUGAGGCAGAAGAAGUAUGGACAAAUCCAAAUAAAAUUAUAGAGAGUAGGGUGUACAGACCUCAGCAAUUUAAUCUAACGGGAAUAACCAACUCUGGAUGGGGAUUGGAGGUGCAGGAAUUGGGAGAUGACCCGGAGCCGAAGCCACCUACAUAUAGAAAGAAAGACAUUGUCCCGAAUUUAAACGAAUUUAACAUGUUUGACAAACAUGCUGUGAAGGCACCUGUAAAUGCUAAAGCAUCUGUGUCAACUCUUGUAAACUAUUUCAAGUCGGCGGCGGAGAAUCAUUUUCAACUUGUCAGGAUGUUUUACAGAUGGAUCACUUUUAACAUUAGUUUUGACAUAGAGGGAUAUUUCGGAGAGAAGAUGUUACAGUCUGUUGACGCUGAGGAUGUCCUCCAGACCGGUUACACUAUAUCAGAAGGGUAUGCCAACCUAAUGGAGGCAAUGUGCAGAUUUGAAGGUAUCCCUGUCAAGGUAAUUUACGGUGUAGUCAAAGGUUACGACCAUCAGGUCGGAGAUAUUGUUAGCUUCACUGAAAGCAGUAUCUUGCAUUAUUGGAACGCUGUUUACAUCAACCGCAACUGGUUUUUCAUUGACUGCACAUGGGGAGCAGGACACAUGGACAAACAACGGAAAUGGCAUCGUAAAUUUCAGGAAUUUUAUUUCAUUGUUGACCCAGAUAAAAUGAUUGUAGACCAUUUCCCGUACAUGGAUGGAGAUUUUAGAGAAAGUGCUAGAUGGCAACUGCUACCGUCACCUGUUAGUGCAAACUCCUUCAAUCAAAGAUUGAAAAUGGAGAAGGCGGCUUUAGAAUGGGAAGUCAAACCAGUGACUCAUACUCAACACCAUAUUAUUACAGUACGUAAGACCAUUGUGGUACAGUUAGAGGAAGUUGCUAGCAUUUUAGAAGACUACACCGUACAGUUCCAGAGGAAAGAUGGAAGCAGGAACCUAGAUAAGUUCUUUUUCGCCUGCAAGCUUAACGAAAGAACGCUUAAAAUCGAAAUUAGACCACCUGAAGAGGUGGACUACCUUCUAAAUAUAUUUGCACAAAAGAGUUUAGAUGCUGCUGGUGAAUCUGAACUUCUCGUUACUUAUAUCUUGAAGUGUGUUGAAGUUCUAGAAACUAUUCGGCAGUUUCCGACAAAUUUCCGUAUAUUCGGAGCCGUUCCGGAUUAUGCAAAAUAUGGCUUUUGUUCGGAUAUAACGAAAUGUUGUGAAUACACUUGCUCUUCCGGUGAGCUAAUCCUUCCGCUGAAAACCAAACGUAAUGUUGCAGGCAUGACGAAACUAGAACACAUCACUGAAAAUAAAGACCUCACGAACUAUUGUCUAAUAACUACAAAAGAACGCGGGAUUUCGAUCAAAAUGCGGUUUCCGUUUGAGGGAUAUUUUAAGUUUACGUUAUUCGGAAAACAGGAUGCCAGUAGUGGUUUUAGACCGGUUGCAACAUUUCUGAUAGACUGUGACCAAUCUAGUCACGUGCAUUCCGGAUUUCCGGUUGCGUUUGAAGCUGCGCUUGAAUUAAAAUGUACGUUAUACAAACCUCUCUGGAAAGAUCUACCUUCAAACUCUACUGUUGUUAUUAUCAUGGGGUGUCCAAACAUAGCAAGAGCCAGUGUGAUGUACCAGGACCUGGUGAAGGAUGAAAACGGCAUUUUCGAAGGAACUGUGAAUACACCUCCUGCUGGUCAGCCCUUUACUAUAUAUGGGCAGAAAACUAGUGAUGGCCCUCUUGUAGGAUUGUUUCAUUUCACAAUAUUCUAGUAUUAUCUUUUUCAGCCAAAACAUACAUAUUUGGGUAUAUCUUUGCUACGUUUAUUACAGAGUUUGUC